CACUAUACUUUGUGAAAACUUCUCCAAAUCGAAUUUUUAACUUUCUGAAUCUAGAAUUUUAUUUCAUURUUUUCUGCAGUUCAUUUUGGCGCGUGACACUGGRUUGAGGAUGUCCACACUUCUGUUUUUCACAUUCCUAGUAAAUUUCUUUGUAGUAUGUUCAACUUCGCGUAUAUUCGGUGGAAGGCCUAAAGGAGGCUUUCUUCUCCCGCCACYGCUUCCAGAGGGCUACAAAACUCCGCAAGAAAACUGGUUUACUCAAAGAUUGGAUCAUUUUGACGAUUCAAACAGAAUAACUUGGAAGCAGAGGUUUUUCUUCAAUGAUACUUUCCGCAAGACAAAUGACAGCCCAGUGUUUUUGAUGAUCGGAGGCGAAGGAACUGCUAACCCUGUGUGGAUGGUUGUAGGCAGCAUGAUGAAGUAUGCUGAGGAAUUUGGAGCGUUUGCCAUCAUGUUGGAACAUAGAUUUUAUGGAAAAAGCCAUCCCACCAGAGAUCUGAGUGAUGACAGUCUAAAGUAUCUUAAUAGUGAGCAGGCCCUCGCUGACCUUGCUGCAUUUAGAGAGGCUAUGGCUAAAACAUUUAACUUGACUAAUAGUAAAUGGAUUUGCUUUGGAGGGUCUUACCCUGGAUCACUAUCUGCUUGGUUUAGACUGAAAUAUCCUCAUCUGGUUGAUGGUGCUGUUGCUUCUAGUGCACCAGUGUUAGCACAGUUAGAUUUUCCUGAAUACCUUGAGGUAGUUGCAGCUUCUCUAGCAACAACUGGUUCUGGGUGUAACAAGAACAUUGCCAAUGCCACCAAACAGAUUGAUCAGUUACUACAGUCAACUGAAGGGGUAAAAGAACUUACAGAAAUGUUUAGACUUUGUGAGACUCUUGACAAGGGCAAUGUCAAUGAUGUAGCUACAUUUUCAUCAGCAUUAGGAGGGAACUUUUUUGGUGUUGUUCAAUAUAAUARAGACAACAGGGCAUUUGAGGGAGCAGUAGGAACAAACAUUACUAUUGAUACUUUGUGUGCAAUCAUGAAUGAUGAGGGUACAGAAGAUCCCCUUGCACGUUAUGCCAAAGUGAAUUCAUUGGUACUUGAUACAUAUGGUCAAAAGUGCCUUGAUACUAGCUACAUUAAUUCUGUUACUUUGCUAAGGAACACAUCUUGGUCAGCAAGUGCUGCAGAAGGAGGUCGCCAGUGGCUGUAUCAAACUUGUACUGAAUUUGGCUUCUACCAAACAACAGACUCCAGUAACCAACCAUUUGGCUCCCUCUUUCCUCUUAGCUAUUCAAUCCAAAUGUGUCAAGAUAUUUUUGGAAAAUUCUUCAACAAAACAAAUAUACAAAGUGGUGUCAAAGAAACUAAUACUAAUUAUGGUGGCAAAGGGAUUGCAUCAAGCAAGAUUGUGUUUCCCAAUGGAUCUAUUGACCCUUGGCAUGCAUUAGGAAUCACUAAGGAUGUCUCUGAAAGUGAACAAGCCAUCUUUAUCAAAGGUACUGCUCAUUGUGCAAAUAUGUACCCUGAGAGUGAAGAUGAUUUACCACAAUUAAGAGAAGCAAGGGAACACAUCAAGCAGCACAUCAAUAAAUGGUUGAAUGAAAACCAGCAUUUCUAAAUAAUUCAAUCAAGAAAGUUAUAUGUACAUGCUGUAUUUUUUAGAACUUCUGAAAAAAAUCUAACUUAAAUAUGUAAGAAUUAUGUUUUGAAGAGAAUUAAUACUCAAAUUAAAUUUAUGAUGUCUAUAU